GCCCCCGCCUGCAGACCCACGGCAGAACCGCAGCGCUGCGCUAUGACUGCCGCGUUCGGUAUCGCCGCGCCGUGAGGGCUCCGGGAGCUCUUCGCGUGGCCGGGCAGCAGCGUUCCGCCGAACCCCGGAACCUCUGAGCGCGGCGCAGGACCCGGACGGCGCCUUGUGGUGACUGACCGGAAGUGGGCGGGGGGACCGGAAGUCCUGGCGCACCAUGGCCCGCGGGCGGUCCCGAAAGCGAUCCCGGAGCAGCAGCCGCAGCCCCUCUGGGAGCGGACGGGAGAAGCGCGGCGCGAGGAGCAGCGCGGCCUCCCCGGGGCCCCGGCACCGGCCGAGCUCUGCGGCCGCCAGGGAAGAAAGGAAGAAGGAGGGAAGGAAGAAAAAGAAGAGGAAGGCAGAAGCUUCAUCCUCUGACAGGUCGUCCUCCUCCCGCUCCUCAUCAUCCUCCUCCUCCACCUCCUCCAGCGACAGUGACACCAGAGCAAAGCGGCAUGGCAGAAGGAAGCGAGGGAAGCACAAAGACAAGAAGAAGAAGAAGAAAAUGAAGAAGAAAUCGAAGAAGAAGUCGAAAGAAAGAGUUAAGGAGGAGAGGGGCAUGGGUGAGGCACCACCCGGCCCUUCGCUGGAGCUGUGGCAGAAGGAGCCGCAGGCAGAGCCCGGGCCAGUUUUGACAGAUGAGCAGAAGUCCCGGAUCCAGGCUAUGAAGCCAAUGACAAAGGAAGAAUGGGACGCGAGGCAGAGUGUCAUCAGAAGAGUUGUGGAUCCCGAAACAGGGAGAACCAGGCUUAUUAAGGGAGAUGGAGAAGUGCUGGAGGAGAUCGUCAGCAAGGAGAGGCACAAGGAGAUUAACAAGCAAGCCACCCGUGGGGAUGGGUUGGCCUUCCAGGUGAGAACGGGGAUGCUGCAGUGAGCCUGUGCUCCAGCUGUGCCAAGGACCUGUCCUGCUGUGGGCACAGCCCCCAUGUGCGUCACCUCUGCACUGAUGAGCUGGACCUGCAGGCAGCACCACACCGGUACGCUUCCCUGGGGGCAGCAUCAUUCACUCUGUAAGUUACUGACUGGGAAAGAGAGACCGUAAUGGUUCAUCUCCCAGUAAACAGCUUCUCUCCUCCCUUGCAUGACUGGGGCCAGCGUGGCUGUAAUGCUGCUUGCCCUGGUGUCCCUUUUAAGGCCCGAGGAGCUCAGCGGCAAAGAGCUGCUGAUGCCUUAACUCUGGGCUUUUGUUGGCAGGAGCUGGGACAGGGUCUGCAGCAGGGCUGCAGCACUGGCAGCCACGUCUUCCCUUCAGGGGCUGCUCCUGGCCCCUUCCAUGCUGGCUCUGUCUGCCCCAUGCACUGAGAACCAGGGGCAGGGGUCUUGUUCACCCACUGUGGAGAGCAGAGCCUUUGCCUUGCUCUCUUCCUGCCCUUUCCUGCAGCUUUGGCCCCCAGCAGCAGCAAGGCUCUGGGCAGCUCGGGGCCCACGCCCACAGCAGCUGUAACAUAAAUGGCCGCUGUUUUCCCCCACUGCAAAGUCCAUACAUCUACAAACUUAAAAAAAAAAAAAAAAAAGCGGUGGUUAUAGGACAAAUGAAUGCUGCAGGACUGCUCUGCACAGGUUUCCCUGCUCUGUUCGUGGCUGUAACCCCCAUUAAAGUGGCACCUGCUCACA